AUGAUGAAUGAUCCUUGUAGAAUUGCCUAUGAGAUAGCUUCAGAUGCCUCGUCAAAGUUGCUCAUUUCAAUGAAGAAUAAUUUGUUACGUCAAAAUGCUCCAUGGCACACAUCAGCGGCAGUAGUCCUGUUCAACAUUAGAUCUCAAGCUUGGUCAUGUAACCUUCAUCAACCGUAUUCAAGCAACCUUGGCACUCAUUUUGUGUGA